UCUCUUAAGGAUCUCGCGAAGGUUUAUUUCUUAGUUGAGUUAUUUUUUUUUCUCUGGUAAUCCAGAGGCCCUGGCCGCGGAGCCUGAGAAGCGCUGCAGUGACCAUGGCGGAGGGGGACAAUCGCAGCAGCAACAUGCUGGCUGCAGAAACUGCCAGCCUGGAAGAACAGUUACAAGGAUGGGGAGAAGUGAUGCUGGUAGCUGAUAAAAUCCUUCGAUGGGAAAGAGCCUGGUUUCCACCUGCAGUCGUGGGUGUUGUUUCUUUGGUGUUCCUUUUGAUCUACUACUUAGAUCCAUCUGUUCUUUCUGGUGUUUCCUGUUUUGUCAUGUUUUUGUGCCUGGCUGACUACCUUGUACCCAUUCUUGCUCCUAGAAUAUUUGGCUCUAAUAAAUGGACUACUGAGCAACAGCAAAGAUUCCAUGAAAUCUGCAGCAAUUUAGUGAAGACCCGGCGCAGAACUGUUGGCUGGUGGAGACGCCUCUUCACACUGAAGGAAGAAAAACCUAAAAUGUACUUCAUGACCAUGAUCAUUUCUCUUGCUGCAGUCGCUUGGAUCGGACAACAAGUCCAUAAUCUUUUCCUCACCUACCUUAUUGUAACUUUCUUACUGCUACUUCCUGGACUAAACCAACAUGGAAUCAUUUCCAAGUAUGUUGGAAUGGCCAAAAGAGAGAUAAACAAGCUCCUCAAACAAAAGGAGAAGAAAAACGAAUGACUCAUCUGUUUUCAUUCAGUAUCAUAAAUGUGACACAGUGUCUUUGGGAACAGUAUCUACAAAGUUUGUGUACUAAUAUGUUACAGAAGCACAUUUUUACUUUUUCAUUUAACUUCAGAUUGGCUUCUUACUUGAUAAGAAUUUGAGACUUGCCGGUUGAAAACCCCUAUUCAUAGUAUCUUCAUGUAAAGUUCAACUGAAAUGUAUCUUCACCAAUUAAUAUUGAGAAUAUGGGAAAUAGUUGUCUGUGAAAGGGACCUCUCUGGACUUGUUCUUAUUUCAUUACCCAGGGAUAACAGAACUGGCAUUUUUAGGGAACUAAAGCAAUCCUAUAGUAUAGUAGUAUAGUAAUUCACUAGUAUAGUAAUUCACUUUAAUCCUUUUGAACAUUCACUGUAACUUGAGUAAUACUUGGGAAUACUCAGGUUAAACUUUUCCUUCUAGAGAAAUUGUGGUGGUCUGUGGGUGUAGAAAGUAGGCUUCACAUCCUGCUUCGAAAAGUUGGCUCCAUAGAUAUGAUGACCAAUUUUGUCACUUCUGAUGAAGAGAUCAAUUAGCAUUAAUUUUCCAUUCCUAUUCAGUAUCAUGGACAAUGCCCACAGAAUUACUGAAAAGUGGUUCCAUGGCCUAGUUAAUGGUCUGGUUAAUAUGUUUCCCCUACUAGAACACCUUGGCCAUGUGAUCAUUUCUGCCAAGUAGCAAUCUAGCACACUAUUGUCAGUCACUUUUAUGCUCUCACAUGUAAGAUUUGGUAACUUCUAUUUAGUAAAUUUUUGAGAAGCUUUCUUAUAGUACACUCAUAUAGAAUCCUACUGUUUUAAGAUAAUUAUCAAAAACCCAGCCUGGAGGAGAGAGGAAAGGAGGAACUAACGAGAGAGUCACCAUGAGGUAAAAACUCCAGAAAUAAUGACCCACAGCAUUCACCCCUAGCUCUAAGGCCAAACAGUAAUGCCUCCCCUUAAAUUAGUUAAGCCUCAUUCUGGUAGAUAACAGAUCUCAUGAAAUAGACUUAAAUUCCAUGUCUCAGGUUAAUGGUUAUAAGACACUGCUAUCACCAUAGAUUUAGUAUAAAAGCAAGUGAUUGCCUGUAUUCUUUUCUUUGACCUCUCCAUAGAGAACAAGAAGGUUAUUGGUAAAAGCAUGCUGGAAAGCCUGCCCCUGUAGUUUGUAUGUUUUUAAUUUAUCCAGUAUUCAAAUUAUAUUCAGCCUAAUAGCCAGAAGUUGAGGUCACUUUGAAUUUGAAUAAAGAGAUGUCUAAAGCUUGCAGCACUUCUUCUCCACCAACACCCUGCCCCCUGUGAAAUAUGUCAAGGAAUGUUUAGAAACAGUACUUAAACUCUUAUUAACUAUGAUGUAGUUUUGUGAAUUUAUUGCACUGAAAUGAUAUUAAAUUUGGGCUGUGAUAUUUAUGUUCUAACAGUAAACUUUUGUUUUCAGAAUACUACUGUAGCCAAGGAGCCCGUGUAGCAUGAUUAGUUUUAUGAAUGUUGUCUGAUAGUACAAACCACCUAAAGAAUAUUGCGUUUAUUCCUCUUGUAAAUAAGCCUGUCUUCAUAGCUGUUUCUGUGUGUUGUACUGAUGACCUCUGCAGUUUUAAUCCUGAAUUAUUCCUUCUACUGUGUUUUGUGUUAAGGAAGAGGCAGGAAGAGAAUAAAGAGGGAGGGGAAAGAAUAAAAAAAGUUGAACUCUU